AUGGCGCACGCGACCUCGGAAACGUCCUUGACCAGCACCGAGGUCUUCAACGAGCGCAGCGAGCUGGCCACCGAGGCAGAGACCAACCAGCCCCCGCACCCCAUCCGCGUACGCACCGGCGCCGACGACGACGACGACGACAACAACAAGUGGCAACUCGCCGGAGGCGCCCGUAAGGGGUGGAGCGCUUGGCUGUCGGACGAGAUUGCACCAAGCGCCGCUGUCCCUGCCAUGCUUGUCGUGAGCUUUAGCACAAGUCUCCUCGACAGCAUCAUGCUUUCAAUUUACUCAUGCUUUGCGACCAACCAAACCGGUAACACUAUCCUCCUUGCGCUGGCGACACACCACAGGGGCCGAAAGCUCACGCUAACGGCAACGUCCAUGGCCGGGUUUGUCGGUGCUGGUCUUGUGUUUGGCCAGCUCGGCGCCAGGUGUGGACACCGGAAGCGCGGCUGGAUCCUCUUCUCGCUCGUCUACCAGACUAUCCUGCUGUUCCUGUUCUCCUUCAUGGUGUCUCCCAGCGCACCCAUUCAGCUGCAGCAGUAUGGGAGCUACGAAUGGAUAUCCAUGCUCGUGGCCGCCGUCCAGGGUGGUCCCCAGAUCGUCAUGGGUACCACAAUCGAGCCGCUCAUGCCAACAGGCAUGGUCACGUCCGUCAUUGUGGGCGUGCUCUCUGACCCAAAGUUGUUCUUCUGGGGUCGCUCGCGCGUACGCGACCUGCGUGUCGUGUACCUCGCGACAUUUGUCUCUGGAGCCCUCGCCGGUCUUGCCAUUGAACAAGUGACCUCGGCGUGGUUCUCGAGCCUCAUGUCCGCGAUCCUCAAGGUCAUCGCCAUCGGCAUGGUUGCGUACAUCAAGUAG